AUGUCUUCGCUCAACGAUAUUCGAGGCCGAUUGGCGCUAAUCACUGGUGCUUCGGGAGGUAUUGGAGCAGCGUGCGCAGAACAACUUGCAGGACGUGGAGUCCACCUCGCACUUACCUAUGCGACUAAUCUAGACGCGAUGAACGGGAUCGUCGCAGAUCUACAGUCCAAACAUGCAGAGAAUAAACUGCGCAUUUCGAUCCACCAGGUCGAUGUUGGAUCUGCAGACCAGAUGGAGGCGAUGUUUCAACAGAUUGAUGCUGAGCAUGGUCAACGGCCAGAUAUCCUAAUCUCAAAUGCGGGGUAUGGCAAGCGGUUCCCCAACGUGUGGGAUAUUACGCUGGAAGAGUUUGAUUACACGUUAAACAUCAAUCUGCGUGCGUCUUUCAUUCUUGUAAAGGGUGUUGUUGAGCAUAUGAAGAGUCAGCGGUGGGGACGGAUCGUGUUUAUGUCCUCAAUUGCUGCGUCUGGUGGCGGUAUUAAUGGAUGUCAUUAUGCUGCAUCCAAGGGCGGUCUCACUGGUAUGAUGAAGAACCUCUCUACUCGUCUCGCCGAACACAACAUCAGUGUCAACGAUGUCGCUCCCGCUAUGAUUGGCGAGACGGGAAUGAUCCCUAAUGCCGCAGCGAUCCCAGAGGUGGCUGCUGGAAUCCCAAUAGGCCGUCUGGGUACUGUGGAAGAGACGGCUAAUGUCGUUACGAUGCUCGUGACUACAGGGUACAUGACAGGACAGAGUCUCUUGCUGGCCGGAGGAUUGAAAUAA